UCCGUACUUCAUGGCCUUUUCUCGCAAACAAAGAAGAAAGAUAAGCCUUUGCCUCUCUCUUGCCCUUUUCGGUCUUCUCUCUCGACUGCUCUCAUCAUUAAGCUCAAGAUCUUCCUUGCUUUCGGUGCUUUCACUUCUUUCACAAAAACUCACCUUCCCUUCUCUCUCUCUCUCUCUCUCGCUUUCAAUCUUUUCACUUGACAAUAUAUGCAUACAAUCAGUAAAACCUUUUCUAGAGGUUUUUCAUUCUUCUCAUUAAGCUUUAAUGCUUCUCUUGAAAGGGUUUAAACCUUUUCUUUUCUUGAUUGCUUCCUCUUCACGAUCUUAUCUUUACUCUGCUUAAAAAAUAAGCUGACAGAAAAUUUUAUCAAGAAAGCGAUGCUAAAAUAUUCCCAGAAUUUUCUUCCAGCUUUAAUAAGGUAGUUACUACUAAGGUAUUUGUAAAUGGUUCUUCAGCAUCAAAUCUGUUAACUUGAGCCCACAAUAUUAAGAAGAAACAGGAGUAAUUAAAUCAGAGCAUUUGUUAAUGGAUUCGAGUAGUAGUCACAAUUCCAGUUCAGGGUCGUUGAGAUUUCGCUCGGCUCCGAGUUCACUUCUCGCAAAUUUCACUGAUAAUGGAGUCGACAAUGAUUCUGUUUUGAAUUUCCAACAGUUUGAGGAUAAAUCCGCUGCAAGAGUGAGAGAGGAAGCUGUUAAUUAUUCAAGUUUGCCGCGGAGUUAUCCAGGUUUGCCUCCUCAUUAUCCAAGGCAGAGUUCAGCUACAAGUUCCUCAGCUAUGGAUAGUUCAUAUGGUUUGAUUGGUUCAAUAUCAAUGGGUCGUCAUGAGCAAGUUGAAAAGGUUGAUUCAAAUCCUGCUAGGCAGAAUAGCUCUCCCGCUGGACUUUACGGGAACCUUCCUGUUCAAAAUGGCUUGCUGUCACAGAUUUCUGAAAUUGGGAGCGAAAGCAUGGAGGCAGGCAGCCCUGACAGUGGAAAACUCACAAGUGUCAGUGUUGACGGUCGAUUUUAUAGCAGUCACGGGUUUCCGUAUGGUUCUUGGAAUGAUUCGCAUUUGUCAGAGAACUUUAGCAGCAUGAAAAGAGAGCAAGAAAAUGGAAACUUGUUUUCUAAUGCUCAGAACGGAGACCUUGGAAAUCGGGCUCAUGUAUUAUCCCACCGCUUGAGUUUGCCAAAGACUGCAAUAGAAAUGGUUGCCAUGGAAAAGUUUCUCCAUUUCCAAGAUUCUGUUCCUUGUAAAAUUAGAGCAAAGCGUGGUUGUGCCACUCAUCCUCGAAGUAUCGCGGAAAGAGUGAGAAGAACUCGGAUCAGUGAAAGAAUGAGGAAACUACAAGAGCUUGUUCCGAACAUGGACAAGCAAACGAGCACAGCAGACAUGUUGGAUUUGGCUGUAGUGUACAUUAAAGACCUUCAGAAACAGUACAAGACACUAAGUGACAACCGAGCCAAUUGCAAGUGUUUAAGCAAGCAGAAGCCAGUGCAAAACAGAAUUGUUUGAGGUGCUUCUGUACAGAAAUCCAAGGGGCUGUACGACCAGAUCUUGUUGAUCUUUAGCAUCAGUAAGCGAAGAUAAAUAUAUAUAUAUAUAUUUUUAUGUAGAAAGUUUGGUAGGAAUUUCCACCCUCAUGUUCUGAUCCUGAAGCUAACAAUGCUUUCAAUUACAAAAUACCUGAAAAAAAGCCAUAAAUGUACAGAACAUGUUGUAACGCAUCAAUUCCUUGUUAUGAAAAGAUAAAUGCAUUAAUUCCUUAUGCUGUCUU